AUGACGGCAGAACCACCUGUACUUGCUGUUCCAGAAGCUAAGAAGGAGAGAUAUCAGAGUCUGAGGGCCAAGUUUAGAGAACACUUUCAUGAUGACCCUGCAUUUUAUGCCAGAGCACCAGGCAGAGUCAAUUUAAUCGGAGAACACAUUGAUUACUGCGGCUACUCUGUGCUACCUAUGGCUAUAGAACAAGAUAUUGUGAUGGCUGUACUACCAGACAACAGUGGGGCCAUUUCUUUAGUUAACUCGGAUCAUCAGUAUGAUGAAUUUGUGGGUGAUGUUAAGACAAUUCAGAUCACUAAAGAUGAGCCACACUGGUAUAAGUAUGUCCUGUGUGGUAUUCAAGGUGUGAAAGAGCAGUUCUGUAGUUCAGAGACUAAAGGCUUUAAAGCUUUGGUAGAAGGAACAAUCCCUCGAAGUGCUGGUUUGUCUAGCUCCAGUGCUCUUGUUUGUUGUGCUGCACUUGCAAUGCUGAAGGCAAAUGGCUGGACUAUGACAAAAGAGUUACUAUCUGAAGUAUGUGCAAAAUGUGAGAGAUACAUAGGGACAGAAGGAGGCGGUAUGGACCAGGCCAUCAGCUUCACAGCCAAGGCAGGAAAGGCCAAACUGAUAGACUUUAAUCCUCUGCGGACAACAGAUGUGCAGCUCCCACUGAACGCAGCUUUUGUGGUUUGCAACAGUCUUGCAGAAAUGAACAAGGCAGCCACGCCUCACUUUAAUAUUCGAGUAGUCGAGUGUCGGAUAGCAGCACAGAUUUUAGCCCAGUCUCAGGACGACAUUAAAUGGAGGGAGAUCAAGCGACUUGGAGAACUCCAACUGAGGCUGGGAGUUAGUCUUGAUGAAAUGUUAGAGCUUGUCAGUUCAAAGUUGCACAUCGAACCAUACAGCAAAGAAGAAGUGUGCAAGAUACUGGAUGUCAGUCCGGAGGAGCUUGCAGAAACUAGUCUUAGCGCUAAUACUCGGAAUGUUGAAAACUUCUACCUGCAUCAGCGUGCCAGUCAUGUGUACGGGGAAGCCAAACGGGUGCUGCAGUUCAAGGUUAUCUGUGAUGAUCAGCCGGCAGAUGCCCUGGAGAAGCUGGGAGAGCUCAUGAAUGCCAGCCAUGCCAGCUGCAGAGACUUGUAUGAGUGCAGUCACCCAGAUCUGGACAUUCUAGUCGAAACAUGCAGAAAACAUGGAGCAGUUGGCUCAAGAAUGACAGGUGCAGGCUGGGGUGGGUGUACUGUUUCUCUUGUGAGAACAGAGUCCACUGUUCCACUGCUGGCUGGUGUCAGAGAUGAUUACUACAAACCCAACCCAGCAAAAAUGGCCAAGGCUAAGGAAGCAUUAUUUGCCACUAUCCCUGCCGGUGGUGCUGCCUACUAUGUUUUUGAAUAG